ACGAGUUUUGCUAAAUAUGACUUCAAGUUCAACAGAACCAGAAGAAAGGGUUUCUCAGAUUGAAUUUUGGAAGUUAAAUAGUGUUCAGGCAAGUAUAGAAGAAAUGCUUUUGGAUUCUCGAGCAGAAGAAAUAUCUAAAUUUGAGGUUCCCGAAAUUUUGGGUUAUCUCGGACCAUUUGUUAAAGAACUGAAAAGAACGAAGGGUAAAGUCAGAGCAAUUGAGUUGGGAGCUGGGAUAGGACGUUUUACUGGUUAUUUAGCCGAUCUUUGCAGCCUACUAACUUCAGUUGACUUUAUAAAGACUUUUGUGGAUAAAAAUCGUAAGAUUAACGGCCACCGAAAGAAUGUUACGUUCCGCCAAGAAGAUAUUACGUUAUUGGAAAAUCCCCGUAACAGUUUUGAACUAGUCUUUUCCAACUGGCUAUUUAUGUACCUUUCGGACUUCGAAGUUGUACAAGCGUUUUUUAAAUUAAUUGACUGGCUAACAGAAGGAGGAAUCUUUUUUUUUAGGGAAUCCUGUUACCAUAAAUCAGGGGAUAGAGGAUCCUCUUUUAAAAAUCCCACACACUAUCGAACGCCUGGGGACUAUCAACGCCUUUUAUAUCUUGCUAACUUGCUUUACAAAGACGCAUCUACUUGUUUCAAACUUUGCACGGAAUACGUCGUUAAAGCGUAUGUAAAACUGAAAAAUAACGGAAAUCAGCGGGUUUUUGUUUGUCGAAAAGUGGUUGAACAAAAAGAAAAAGAAAUCUCACAAGCUUUUCAGGAGUUCCUAGACAGUCAACAAUAUUCUGUAAAUAACAUUAAGCGCUACGAGCAACUGUUUGGUAAAGGCUUUGUCUCCACCGGUGGACUAGAAACAACGAAGGAAUUCGCCCUUCUUUUAGAUAUAAAAAAAGAUGACUUCAUUCUUGACGUAGGAUCAGGCAUCGGCGGCAGUGCACGAUACUUCGCCGAGACUUUCGGUUCGCACGUUUUGGGAAUUGAUCUUUCCAGAAAUAUGGUCGCUCUGGCAAAAGCAAACGCUGAAGAUUGUUCUCGAGUGAACUUCAAAGUCGAAGAUUGCACUACCGUCGUUUUUCCCGACAACUGCUUUGACAUUAUAUACAGCAGAGACACCAUACUUCACAUCCAGGACAAGCUUAAUCUGUUUAAGAAAUUCUAUAGUUGGCUUCGUCCUGGAGGGCGUCUUUUGAUUACUGAUUACUGCCGAGGAGAAAGUGAAGGAGACGAUGAAUUUAAAGCAUACGUUAAACAAAGGGGAUACGUUCUUCUGACUGUUAAGCAGUAUUACGAGCACCUCUUACAGGCGGGAUUUGCAGAAGGCAUCUCGGAGGACCGAACGGCGCAAUUCAUAGAAAUAUUGGAAGGAGAAAGAGCUCGCUUAAUGCGUAGCAAAGUUGCCUUUUUAACGGAAUUUACCGAAAAGGACUACCGCGAACUUCUGGAAGGCUGGACAGCUAAAAUAAACCGCUGUAAAGCCAACUAUCAGGCAUGGGGUCUCUGGAUGGUCCGAAAAAAUUUAAAACAAUUUUGUUAAGCCUUGAGCCUGCAAAAGAGGAAUAA